CCCUCUCCCAAUUUUAACCAAAACAGCCUAUAUUUCUCAUUCUUAAAUAUAUUUCUCUCUCACUCUGAACAAGAACAACAAAAAAAAGAAAAAGAAAUCAUUGGUUUCAAAUCCCUUUUCCACCGUAAAAAGAAAACCGAUUCCUCCAACAGUCUUUCUCUCAAUUCAUCAAUGACAACAACCACAACUACAAAUUCAAACACGAACUCAGGAUCACUAGACACACCAACCCAGAUGGUGGAACUUGAACAAGUCUUCAAGAAAUUCGAUGUCAAUGGAGACGGCAAGAUCUCGGCCUCUGAAUUAGGAUCCAUCAUGGGAAGCUUAGGCCACCCAGCCACAGAGGAAGAGCUUGAAAAGAUGAUUGUCAAGGUGGACGUUGACGGGGAUGGGUUUAUUGAUCUGAACAAGUUCGUGGAACUGAACACAAAGGGUGUGGAUUCCGACGAGGCCAUGGAGAAUCUGAAAGAUGCGUUUUUGGUUUACGACAUGGAUGGAAAUGGAGUCAUAUCGGCGGAUGAAUUGCAAAAAGUGAUGAGGAGUUUGGGGGAUGGGUUUUUUUUUUUUUUUUUUUUUUUUUUUUUUUUUUAAAUUUCUGGGUUUGU